AUGGCGAGGUCGGUCUGGAUUGGGAACGGGAUGGAUACUCUGGUUUGGUCAGAGAAGUGGAUUUUUUAUCAAACUCCGAGACCUCCAAACAAUCUACCUGGCAUAAUUGAUCUUACGCUCAAGUUGAAACAUUUCUUAUGGAGAGCCUUGGUAGGAGCACUUGCAGUUGCUGAAAAACUACAAUCUCGUGGUAUUGCUAUAGACCCUACAUGUCUUUCUUGUCUUGAUAAGUCUGGGUCGAUCUGCCAUGUCUUGUUCCAUUGCCACACUGCUCGAGAAGUUUGGGAACUCUCAGGGAUGCCGCUGCCCUCUGCAGGAUUCUCCAGAACCUCGGUUAUGCUUAACUUUUACCAUCUCCUAAAAUGCAGCAAAAAUCAACAUAUUAAGCAAAGUACCAGACUUGCGAUUCCUAGGCUUCUAUGGCAUCUGUGGAAAGCUAGGAACAAGGUGGUGUUUGAGAAAGUCAGAUACGAUCCUCUGUCGAUAUUCAACAAAGCCAAGGAUGAAUCUACAAUAUGGUUGAACAUUAAUUCUCCUCCACCGAUAGAAAGGAUUUUGGAUGAUAUCCCCCAAAAUGAAAACCACCACGUAUUCCCUCAAGUGUAA